AUGGCAGUUGGAUUUCUAAAAACGAGUCCUUGUAUUACUGUGUCCUCAGGUAUAAAAAGUGUAGUUAGCAAAGGCAUGAAGCAGGAUGUGGAGGAUCAUCAAGAAAGAUUGUAUUGUUCUGGCAUCACAGGAACGCAGAAUUACACCUCUGGGACACAUAAUCGGGAGGUGAUUAUGGGAGAGGAAAAUGAAUGGGCAAUAGAAUCUGUAAGAUUUCCUGAGAGUUCUCUACUAUCGGACGCAAAUCUGGGAACAUUUGCUAGAAUGUUCACCCCCGAUUUGCCGCUAGAAAUCCCAGAUUUUUACUGUAAGAAACACCAGAAACCGCUCCAGUUAUUCUGCGCGGAUGACCAACUCACGCUUUGUGACAAAUGCACCUUGGAACAUAAAGACCACAUGAUGUACGGCGUGGAAGAGGCUGCUGAGAAUUACAGGAAGUUAUGUCAAGCAGUACAAAACGAGUUAAGGAAGAAACUUGAAAUAACUAAAAGCAUAUUGUCUGAUGAUCAAGAAAGAGUGGUGAUGGUUCAGAAAGAUGAACAUAAUUUCAAAGAGAUGAUCGAAUCAGAAUACAGGAUAAGGUUCCGGUUGUUAAAAGAAGAGAAUAAGGUGAAUGACCUGAGACCACCAGGGUGCUUGUUUGGCCUAAAGAUGAAAGAAACCAAUUUGCAUCAACCAGUGAGAUUUGCAACGGAGCUCGAGGAGCAGUUCCAGGAGAUACUACAGAAACUGCGUGAUUUGACAAGAGAGAACAUGAAUAAAUUGCAGCAGAAUGAAGUCUGGCUCUCUGAACAGAUCUGCAGCCUCCAAGGACUCAUUUCAGAACUGGAGAAGAUGUGUAAUGAACCCGCCUUGCCUUUGCUCCAGUCGGGAGACUAG